ACAGACACACACACACACACACAACAGCAGCAACCCAGCAACCCAGCAGGAUGAAUCUGACGUGCUUGCCAUGAGAUAGUGAGUCACGUAGUCGGAGCUCGUUUUUUCCGAGUUCCCAGUUGUCGUUAAGGCGUGAGACAGUGAGUCAAGUAGAACCAGUUUCACUUUCAUACACAACUCGAGACGAGACAGAACUUCAUCGGAAUACUAACUUCUUGAAACUCACAGAACCAUGAGUCCCAGAAAGACAAACAAAAAUGGCUCUCACACUGACAGCUCAGCCUUAAAGAGCCCACCAAAACAAAGGCAUAUCAACAAAGGUUCCAUCCUAAAUCCCUCUAAUGGCUCAGGGGACUCAGGAACCAGCAGAGCGACGGCCAGCCAGGCCAGGGAAGCAGGAGCAAACACAGACAUGCGUUAUGCCAAGAAGAACAUCCCUACUGUCAGAUAUCAUCUUGACAUCGCACAGAAGAGACCUGAGGCCCAUCAGCAUAGUCAUAGCCCUGACAAGAGCAGUCAGGUCAGGGGUAAGCCUGUGGUCUCUCCCCCCAGGACCAAUCAGGAUCAAAUAAAAUCUAUUAAAAUCAGCAGAGCCACAGCUAGCCAGGCCAGGGGAGCAGGAGAAAAGACCACAGACACACGUUACGCCAAAAGGAACAUCCCUACUGUCAGAUAUCAUCCUGACAUCGCAGAGAAGAGAGCUGAGGCCCAUCAGCAUAGUCAUAGCCCUGACACGAGCAGUCAGGUCAGGGGUAAGCCUGUGGUCUCUCCCCCCAGGACCAACCAAAUUGGGGGGAGCUCCAUGGUCUCUCCCCUCAGGCCCAAAGCACUGCCCCUGGGGUUAUGUCAGAAAGAAGAGGUGGAGGCGGUGGAGCUCCAGACCCGGGGCCAGAGAGAGAACCCCAGCUGGUUCUCCUGGCGUCAGAACCGAAUCACAGCGUCGGUCGCUCACCGAAUCGCCCAUAGCCGCUUCGUUACUGGCCAGAGCACGACCCCACCGGCUUCCUACCUGGCCGCCAUCACAGGCCGCGGCACCAACGUCAAGACCCGCGCCAUGACCUGGGGCAUUGAGCGGGAAGCCGAGGCCGUGCGGAGAUAUCAGAGCCUGAAGAGCAAGGCCCUGGGCCGGGCGGUGAGGGUGCAGGAGUGUGGCUUGUUCAUCGACCCCCAGCGCCCCUGGCUAGCAGGCAGUCCUGAUGGCAUCGUAGAGGACCAAAGGACCGGCCAAUGGCUGCUCUGCCUAGAGGUCAAGUGUCCCUACAAGCACCGUCAGAACACUGUAGCCCAGGCCUGUAGAGAGGACCCAGCCUUCUGCCUGACAAUACAGGACCAGGGGGAGGAGGGGGGACAGGUGAGGUACCAUCUGAAGCCAGACCACAGCUAUUUCACCCAGAUCCAGUGCCAGCUGGCGGUGACAGGGUUAACCCAGGCUGACCUAGUGGUGUUCACCCUGAAGGAAACAGCCAUCGUCCCUGUGACCUUUGACCCUGUGUUCUGGGACGAAACCCUGGCCAAGCUGGAGAUGUUCUACACCGAUGCUGUCCUGCCCUACAUCAGAGACAUACUAGAUAUGAGGCCGGAGGAGUAGCUAGCAUGCCUGGACACUGUGGUAGAACCAUGUGGCUAGCUUGUUCAGGAUGAGACUAGCUUGUUCAGGAUGUCAGAUAUGGAAGUCCCGAGACAAACUGUAGUUGUGUCUGUGGUAAAGGACUGGUCUGGGUUGUGUCUGUGGUAAAGGACUGGUCUGGGUUGUGUCUGUGGUAAAGGACUGGUCUGGGUUGUGUCUGUGGUAAAAGGCUAUGGCGACUGCAGGUUUAGAGAUUUUAACCUAUUACUUUACUGUCAAAUAUUUGAAUGUAAAUAAACCAUGCCUGCCUUACGACAUCUCAGAUACCUGGAGCUGAUUUCAUGUGAGCAGAGAUCAACCUAUUACUGAACAAAAAUAUAAACACAACAUGCAACAAUUUUAAUUAUUUUACUGAUUUCAAAGAAGGAAAUCUGUCAAUUUAAAUAAAUGAUUAGGGCCAAAUCUAUGGAUUUAACAUGACUGGGCAGGGGCACUGCUAUAGGUGGGCAUAGACCCACCCACUUGGGAGCCAGGUCUACCCACUGGGCUGGCGUGGUUACACAUGGUCUGCAGUUGAGGCCAGUUGGACAUACUGCCAAAUUAUCUAAAAUGACUUUGGAGGCAGCUUAUGGUAGAUAAAUGAACAUUAAUCUCUCUGGCAACAGCUCUGGUGGACAUUCCUGCAGUCAGCAUGCCAACUGCACGCUUCCUCAAAACUUGAGACAUCUAUGACAUUGUGUUGUGUGACAAACCUCAGUGUGGUCUUUUAUUGUCCCCAGCACCUAGUGCACCUGUGUAAUGAUAAUGCUGUUUAAUCAGUUUCUUGAUAUGCCACACCUUUCAGGUGGAUGGAUUAUCUUGGCAAAGGAGAAAUGCUCACCAACAGGGAUAUGAACAAAUUCAAGAGAAAUAAGCUUUUUGUGCAUAUGGAAAGCUUCUGGGAUAUUUUAUUGAAUCUCAUGAAAACACUUUACAUGUUGCAUUUAUAUUUUUGUUCAGUAUAUAUGAUCAACAGUAGUGUGGCAGCUGACAGGAAGUUGUGCUGGAGAUCAGUUGUUUAAAUAGGCACGAAGAAUACUUGUUUAAUAAUGGUGAUGAUUUUUACAUUUAUUUAACCUUUAUUGAACUAGGCAAGUCAGUUAAGAACAAAUUCUUAAUUUACAAUAACAGCCUACCCCGGACAACACUGGGCCAAUUGUGCCACCCUAUGGGACUCCCAAUCACAGCUGGAUGUGAUGCAGCCUGGAUUCGAACCAGGGACUGCAGUGAUGCCUCUUGCACUGAUAUGCAGUGCCUUAGACUGCUGCGCCACUCAGGAGCCGUGC